AUGGCGAAGACAGACAAACCAGAGCAAAAGCCCCAUGGCUCGGAUAUUCAAGUCGCAGACAUUUUGGAGCUGCAGCCUACACAAGAGGAAAAUUCGAAACUCCUACGAAAGCUUGACCUUAGACUGAUGCCAGUCAUGUGUGCAUGUUAUAUGCUGCAACUGCUGGACAAGUUGACGCUGAAUUUCUCCUCGCAACUCGGCUUGAUACAGGACCUGAACCUCCACGGAUCGCAAUACAGUUGGACCUCCUCUAUCUUCUACUUCGGAUACCUUUUCUGGACGUGGCCGAGCUCUUGGCUUGUUGUCAGACUACCUUUGGGCAAAUACAUUGCUGUAACCGCCCUUUUAUGGGGUGCUAUCGUUAUGUGUCAUGGAGCUUGCAACAGUUUUAGGGGAUUUAUGACAGUUAGGUUUUUACUUGGAGCCGCAGAAGCUGCCGUCGCACCGGGAUUCGCUCUCAUUGUGGCCAUGUUCUAUCGGCGUGAUGAACAGCCACUGCGUCAAGGGCUUUGGUUUGCUGGGAAUUGUAUUGCGAAUAUCAUUGGUGGCCUUGUCAGUUAUGGUAUAGAGCAUAUUCACUCUCCUCUGGCCAACUGGAGGGUACUUUUUCUUGUACUUGGAGCUGUUACAGCUGCUUACUCAGUUUUGCUCUGGACCUUUCUCCCGGACUCACCGACGAAAGCACGAUUCCUCAACACCAGGGAGAAAAAGUUGGCCGUUCUUCGGACGCUGGAAGAUACUUCGAGCGCAAUGGACGAGAACGACUUCCAGAUGUAUCAAGUCUUAGAGUCUUUGAAAGACCCACAAGCCUGGUUGUUAGUAAUGUAUACCUUCUCUGUCAAUAUCUGCAAUGGGGGAAUCACUACAUUCAACAGUCUGCUUAUUAAUGGUUUUGGCUUUGGUUCAUUCCAAACCUUACUGCUGCAAAUUCCUAUUGGCGGCUGUCAACUCGCUGUAUUGGUAGUCAUGUCGAUAAUGGCUUCGAUGUUCAAAACAUCUCGCUUGCUCUUGAUGGCUUGUGCUUGCGCCCUAUCCUUGAUUGGUAUGGUCCUAAUCUACGCUCUAGAUCAUACCAAUGCAUAUGGUCGACUAGGCGGAACAUAUUUGGCUGCUGUCUUCGCUUCAAAUACUCCAAUGUCAUUGAGCCUUAUUGCGUCCAAUGUUGGAGGCUUCACAAAAAAGUCUACUGUUAAUGCCAUGCUGUUCUUUGCGUACAGUGCUGGGAAUAUCGUUGGACCGCAAUUAUAUCUGAGCUCACAGGCCCCAGUUUUUAUUACCGGUGUGAGCUCCACUAUUGCAGGAUUCUGCCUAGGAAUACUGUUUCUGGGGAUCUUGUUUACGUAUUAUGUGCUCGAGAAUCAGAAACGCUCCAGACACAGUGACACCGACUCUGAAGUAUUUACUGAAGAAGAGAGACCAGAGACAUUUAUCAACAAGACCGACAAGGAAAACCCGAGGUUUCGCUAUCUGGUGUAA